CUUUGCCCACAACUGAAAAACCGUUCCUCCCCAUUUCUUACCCAAAACCAGAAAACACUUCCCACCACCUUUAUUAAACAAACACUUCCCACUUCCAUUACUCUAUCCCCAAAUUUUCUCUCUCCUCAAAACAACAUCGUCGUCAUCAUCAUCAUCAUGAGAUGCUGAGAAAACCCCCAAAAAUCCUUCUUACAAACCACAAUGCGACCAUCAACUCCACCACCUUCUCUCUCCUCCCCUAACUCCGACGCCUCCGACGCCUCCUCCGAUCGCCGCCUUCGUGAAGCGGAAGAGCGCCUCAAGGAAGCCAUUGAAGAGCUCCAGCGCCGUCAGCUAACUCGCGCUGCUGCAGCUCGCGGCCCGCACUACCCGCCCUGCGACCACCCUGACGAGUCUUGUGUUGCGCACGCAAUUGGUAAUCUCUGCCAGAGCUUCCUUCUCUCUUAUGGCGUUCGUGUUGGUAUUGGUAUCUUGCUUCGUGCUUUUAAGCUUGCUCGUCGUCAUUCCUACUCUUCUUUACUUGAUCUCAAGCAACUUGUCUCAGAGAAGGAUCUGAUUGUUAGAGAGGAAGCUUGUCGUGUUGGGUUGCUUUUUGGUGGUUUUACUGGAUCCUAUCAUGCCUUAAGAUGUCUACUGAGAAAGUUGAGAAGAAGGGAGACUCCUCUCAAUGUAAUCUUAGCAGGCUCUGUUGCAGGCUUGUCAAUCUUAGCUUUAGAUGAUCCCAACCGAAGGCGUACUCUAGCUUUGUAUCUCCUUGCCAGGCUAGCUCAGUGUGCUUAUAACUCUGCUAAAUCCAAGAACAAAUUUCAUUUCUGGGGAAGUCAUUGGAGACACGGGGAUUCUUUACUUUUUGCUUUGUCAUCUGCUCAGGUUAUGUAUUCAUUCAUAAUGCGUCCUGAGAGCUUACCAAAAUCCUAUCAAGAAUUCAUUCAGAAAACGGGACCAGUGGCAGCACCUGUGUACAAGGCUGUCAGAGACUGUUGUAGAGGCAGCUCAGUGGAUGUGGCUUCAUUGUCAGCGUACUUGUCAAGUACAGGGGUCCAAGAUUCAGUGUCCUUGGAAGAGUUCCCCGCCAUAAUUCCCUGCUCCAUUAUUCAUCCAAAUACGCAGUCAUGUUUAGCCCACGAUAUGAAUGCAGCAUCAUCUACCUUCAGGAAAACUUUUCCACUGUACUUCUCAUUGACCUUUGUACCUUUCGUGGUUCUGCAUUUACAGAAGUUCAUGGAUUCACCAGCUCGAACUUGCUGGCUUGCUUUGAAAGGUGCUGUUCGCUCAACAACAUUCUUGUCAGCAUUUGUUGGGAUCUUUCAGAGUGUCAUUUGUUUCCACAGAAAAGUGGCGUCACAAGACCACAAGCUUGUAUACUGGAUCUCGGGUGGAGUCGCUGCCCUUUCGGUUUUGUUGGAAAAGAAAAGUAGGCGGAGUGAACUUGCUUUAUAUGUUCUUCCACGUGCUGGAGAUUCUUUAUGGUACAUUUUAAUAAAUCGCCAUUUGCUUCCACAUAUUAAGAAUGCCGAGGUGGCUUUGUUUUGUGCGUGCAUGGGUGGGAUGAUGUAUUAUCUAGAACAUGAGCCGGACACAAUGGCUCCUUUUUUACGGGGAUUAAUACGUCGCUUUCUGGCAAGCCGAAUUAGUAAUCCUAGCCCUCCACCGAACCGUAAUGCUUCACAUACAUAUUUACAGGCUCUCGAGACCGUGGAAAAGCCGAAGUUACAAGAGAACGAAGAAGCUGCUGAGACACCUUCUGCCAAGUAUAAUCUUGAGUCCAUACCUGGGCUGUGAUAGUCAAGAAACUUAGCUGAUCCAUUGAAUUUUCAGUUCAUUAUUUUGAUCAUCUGGGGUAUGGGUACUACGUCAGAUUUUGCUCGUUAUAGUUUUUCCCCCUUUUUUUCACUUCCCUUCUUUUAAUUUCUUAGUAUAGGGUUAGUGAAAAAGCUGUAGUUAGUGGUAUAGGAGAUCAGAAGAGAAAGAGUAUUAGAACUAAAGAAGAAGUAUUUCAGAGACAUCAUCACAUGAAUCAAGAAAAAGAAAAAAGAAUUCCGCAAUUCGGGAAUCAAAAACUUUUGGGUAUCUUCACGAUUAUCCUAGAGAAGUAUAAAUCAAAAUUACUUCAUUUAUAGUUACAUCAAAUUUGUUGGUGUCUUCAAAAUUAAUCAUGAUUGUUCAUUAUUAUAAUUCUAUUAUUUGGUGAA